GAAAAUUAACCGUUUGCCGGUUGUUCGUCAUAGUGUGUUGAGUUGUGGUUUUGCUCGUUUUAUGUUGGCUUUAGCACCCGCAUGCAUUCGAAGUAGAAUAAAAUCGCGCAUAGUUGCAAUGUGCUAAAAAUACGCAAACAAUAUUUUGCAUUUCAUGUUUUGUAACGUAUUUCCAGUGUGUAAAUUUGGAAACAAAUAAAAAAAUAUUACUUAAAACAGAAUAAUUACAACAAAGUAAAGAAAACUGAAAGUAAAAUAAGUGAAAAAAUACCGUUGUUCUGUGAAAUAUUUGUGCGGUUAUUCCUUUUGUUUUAUUUACUGAUCAACGUGUUUUAAGUACCACUUGUAUUUUCUGUUCGUUUUUUGAACUAACGGGUUACAUUAAUUUAUAAAAAGAGCCGAAACUGGUUUGGCUGACAAGCAAGGAGCAAAGUGUUUAAUUAAAGUUUUGGUAGAUUAAUUGACGCUGUAAUAUUGUUAUACCAAUUUUUUUCAUCCUCGCCGCUCUUCGGAAGGUUCUCUAACAAUGGCUAAUGGACGAGAUACAAGUUAAAUUUUAACUAGAAAGCUACAACCAGUUUACGGUGUCUCUCUGUAGAUACUGCAGGAAGCUUCAUAAAUAUAAUUUACCCAAAAAUUAAUUUAGUGUAUCCAAAAACAGCGAUAGAAUGGUAGCCAGGGAAAUGGAUGUAUUUGAGAAUUUCGAAUUGGACAGUCCUUCUAGAAGGCGUAGGCCGCCCCCCACAUUGAUGAACCGUGUCUAUACCAUCACAGCACCUACACUCAUUCUAACUGUUGCCGGUCUUGUGAUCAUUGUGCUUGUGACCUGUCUCACCAUUUACAAUAUUGCAAGUUGUGAUAACGAAGAUUUUGAGGGAAUAUCAGAUGAUAAUUUCAUUUGUACAAGAUCAAGGAAAUAUUUUGUGAAACCGGUGAUAAAAGAAGUAAAAAAUUCACUGCCCCUUAAUGAUGAACGCAACGUACGCUUACCACGUUCGAUGAAGCCGCAAAAGUACAAUAUUUCCCUGAUGCCACACCUGCUCAAUAAUAAUUUCACAUUUGAAGGGGAGGUACGCAUUCAAGUUAUUGUACUGGAAGACUGCUAUAACAUUACCAUGCAUGCCUCAAAUUUGAAUAUUAGCAAAAAUGAUGUGUCAGUACAUCAAAUUGGCACAUCGACAGCGACGGAGGCUUUGCAGCCAGCAUUGGCAGAAUACGCUAACUACACACCGGAAAUUGGCGACGUUGACCUGAGGAUACGAAAACAAUACAUGCUUGAAUCCAAGCAGUUUUUCAUCAUCGAACUGUACGACAAAUUAAAUAAGGGCGGCGUGUACGAGAUAAAUAUCCGGUUCAGCGGUCUAAUAGAGGACUAUUUGCAGGGAUUUUAUCGCAGCUCAUAUCAAGUGGGCAACGAAAAACGCUGGUUAGCUUCAACACAAUUUCAGGCCACCGAUGCUAGAAGAGCGUUUCCUUGCUUCGAUGAGCCAUCUUUAAAAGCGAAUUUCACGAUAAGGAUAGCUCGACCACGCAACAUGACCGCAGUGUCUAAUAUGCCCAUUGUGUCCACAAAAAAUCACGAAAAAUUUAAUGAUUAUGUCUGGGAUCAAUUUGCCGAAACCUUACCCAUGUCCACUUACUUGGUCGCAUAUGCCAUUUCGGACUUUGGUCACAUCUCCGAAGAGAAUUUCUCGGUGUGGGUACGAAAGGAUGCCUUAGAAUCAGCUAGAUAUGCGCUCAGUGUUGGACCGAAAAUUUUAAGAUUUCUAGAAGAAUAUUUUGAUUUGGCUUUUCCGCUACCAAAAAUUGAUAUGAUAGCGCUACCCGAUUUCCAAGCCGGUGCCAUGGAGAAUUGGGGGUUAAUAACCUACAGAGAGUCGAUUAUGCUUUUUGAAGAGGGUAUUUCAGCUACAAUCAAUGAGCAUCGCAUUGCCAGUGUCGUUGGUCACGAACUGGCACAUCAGUGGUUUGGCAAUUUGGUGACACCCAGUUGGUGGUCUGAUAUUUGGCUCAAUGAGGGGUUUGCCAGCUAUAUGGAAUACAUAACCGUUGAUGCGAUUUAUCCGGAAUGGAAGAACCAAGAUCAAUUUGUAGUCAAUGAAUUGCAGAAUGUAUUCCAAUUGGAUGCGCUUUCAUCAUCGCAUAAAAUUUCAGUUGAGGUCUUCAAUCCAAAUGAAAUUACAGAGAUUUUCGAUCGCAUUUCCUAUGGCAAAGGCUCAACUAUCAUUCGUAUGAUGAGUCAUUUCUUAACUUCGAAAGUAUUUCGCCUUGGACUAAGCAAGUAUCUGAAGGAAAUGGCUUACAAUGCCGCAGAACAGGAUGACCUUUGGCGAUUCUUAACAAAUGCAGCAAUUGAAGCUGGCUUGCUAGAUCAAAACACUACCGUUAAAGAAAUAAUGGAUACCUGGACUCUACAAACAGGUUUCCCUGUACUGACUGUUACCCGGUCUCCAAAUACACAUAUCAUUCAUAUGGAACAGCAGCGUUUUGUAUUCUCAAAUCAGUCGGAUUUAAAUUAUGCAGAUGAUGAUAAAAAUCCAUUAUGGUGGAUACCCAUUACAUAUACGACUUCAAAAGAGUUGGAUUUCGAAAAUACAAGACCGAUUACGUGGGUGCCACGCACUAAAAUUUAUAAAAUUGAAGAUCGUAAUGUCUCCACUGCGGAUUGGUUUAUCUUUAAUAUUCAAGAAACUGGAUAUUAUCGCGUCAAUUACGAUAUUGAUAACUGGAAAGCUAUUACGGCACAUCUAAUGGAUCCGAAAAAAUAUCAAGAAAUUGGCCCAACGAAUCGUGCACAGUUAAUAGAUGAUGUGAUGAAUUUGGCGCGUAGUGCAUAUCUAAGCUAUGAAACAGCCCUAAAUAUGACACUUUAUCUCAAACAUGAACUGGAUCAUGUGCCCUGGAAGGCCGCUGCUGGUGCAUUCAAUUUUAUUGACUCAAUGUUCGUAAAUCAGGGAGAUUAUGAUCUUCUAAAGAACUAUUUUUCCAACCUCAUUGAGAAUGUCUACAAAGAGGUUUUCCUGGAAAAUUUCUCAGACGAUACAGACGAGGGUGGGGAUAUGAUGAAAUUAUUUAAGCGUCUUGAAAUUUUAAGCAUAGCUUGUCAUCUGGGUCACCGCCAUUGCAUUUUGGAAAGCGUACGUCAAUUUCAUAAUUGGAUGGAAGUGCCAAACCCGGACACUAACAAUCCUAUUCCACCAAAUUUGCGUGGCAUCGUUUAUUGCGUGGCAAUUCAAUAUGGCAGUGAGUAUGAGUGGGAUUUUGCUUUUCAUCGUUUUCGCAAUACAACCGUCUCAACUGAAGAAGAAUUGUUGCUCAACUCACUCGGUUGCAGCCUCCAGCCGUGGAUAUUAGCACGCUACUUGCGACGGUCUCUUUCUGGUGACGACAUCCGCAAACAAGACGUAUACAGGGUGUUUGCUGCAGUAUCAGGGAAUGUAGUGGGCCAACAGAUCGCAUUCGAUUUCAUCCGCAACAAUUGGGAGGAGAUCAAGACAUACUUGGGCGCCACCAUAUCCGACAUGACUACGAUUUUGAGUUUCUGUACAAAGCGUAUGAAUUCGAAAUUUUUCCUGACUGAAUUGAAGUCUUUUGUUGAAAAUGAAGUCAAAGACAAUAGUCGGUCUGUUCAACUAGUUAUCGAGCAGGUGCGUGUUAAUAUUGAUUGGAUGUCACGCAACUACCAGGACAUCAUAGCAUGGCUACAACGCGAAGCAACGAGAAGGCAACAACAAAAUGGUAAUUCUAAAGCAGCUCAAUAACUGAUCAACAAAGUUUCUUUUGAUAGAAUUUUGCUUUUUUUUCAUUUUUGUAAAGUAAUACAUAUUCUAUUUCACAUUUGCAUGUGCAAAGUAAUUUAAUUUUAUUGGGAUGAUGUGAAGAUUUUCAAGUAUUCUAAGCCAGUUUUUUUUUAACACAACGUUCGUGUCAGCCAAUUAAGCCAGCCAAAUGUAAACAAACGCAUUCAGUUCUACUGUAUAGAUAAUAAGAUAUAGAAUAAAAAAAACAAA